CCUACUCCUCCACAGUUCCUACAAAUAAAAGAAAUAUGAUAGCACAAAGGUCUGUCAGCGGCGAACAUAUACGUACCCACAAGGGAGGUUGCCCUCCCUUGUUUUCCGCAAGCCUCAGUUCCCGGCAGAACCUACACCUUUCCCUUUCUUGUCCACAAGCCUCAGUUCCCGACAGAACCUACUCCUCCACAGUUCCUACAAAUAAAAGAAAUAUGAUAGCACAAAGGUCUGUCAGCGGCGAACAUAUACGUACCCACAAGGGAGGUUGCCCUCCCUUGUUUUCCGCAAGCCUCAGUUCCCGGCAGAACCUACACCUUUCCCUUUCUAGUCCACAAGCCUCAGUUCCCGACAGAACCUACUCCUCCACAGUUCCUACAAAUAAAAGAAAUAGCACAAAGGUCUGUCAGCGGCGAACAUAUACGUACCUCUUUGCACACACUCUCGCUUUCAGUUUUUGAGGAAGAUAAAAAACCAAGAUGAAACAAAGAACUUUGCAAAUGUACAAAAGAUGAGCAAGAGCCAGUCGUGCACGACUAGCUCCCUUCAACUAUGCACACCCACAGGGACACUCGAGCGGGAUGAAAGGUAAAAAGUGAUAAUGAAAGAAACACUGCAAAUGUACAAAAGAUGAGCAAGAGCCAGUCGUGCACGACUAGCUCCCUUCAACUAUGCACACCCACAGGGACACUCGAGCGGGAUGAAAAAUAAAAGAAAGGUAAAAAGUGAUAAUGAAAGAAACACUGCAAAUGUACAAAGAUGAAUAUGAAGACCAAAGAAAAGAAUAAAGGGCAAAACGCGCAGUCGAUUCUUUUUUUU